AUGGACGACAGUGAAGACGGUGUGGUAGCCAUGGCGCCAGGUUGGUCCGUAGCAGAUAUUGUUUAUGUUAGCUUGCUAGCACCGCUUAUAUUGGCGGCUUUUCUUGAAUGGUUUCUGUGGCUCGGCGCGUUUCUUUUUGGUCUCUGCAAGGUAUAUGCGAAAGCCGAACAUUGGAGCUCGCGCGUGAUUGCAGUUGUGAUGAUGAUUUUAUUCACUCUUCUUCGGGGGGUUUUCCUGCCUGUUAUGUUAUUCACGCUGCCCUUGCCUUCCAUCAUCACUCAGUAUUUUCCUUCGAAGUUGGUAAAGGAUUUGCAAUGGUUCGCUUUCUACACUUUCGCGGUUCUUCUAUUGCUUCCGCUCGUGACAAAUGAAGUCGGACGUUCGAAACGAAUUAAAACUGCUUUGAAUGCUGCUACUGCCCCAAAGGUCGUGGUGGUGAUGCCGGUAUAUAACGAGGAGCCUGAAGUGUUGAUCAAAGCCAUCGAUUCCGUGGUAAGAAGCGAUUAUCCUCCAUCAUGCAUCCAUGUCUUUGUAUCAUUCGAUGGAGAACCCGCUGGCCAUCUAUGGGACCCAAUAGCAGAACGACUUGGCAUCCCUAUUGGUGCAAGGAAAAAAGCUCAAAGCAUCGAUGUGCUCUACGAAGGUGUCCGAAUUACGGUCAGUAGAUUUUCUCAUGGCGGAAAGCGGAAUUGCCAGAAAAAGACUUUCAAGCUCAUCGACAAGAUAUACACCGAUUACGUGUCGCAACAUGAUGAUUUGUUUAUUUUGUUCAUUGACUCAGACUGCAUUCUCGACGAAGCCUGUAUUCAAAAUUUCAUGUAUGACAUGGAGCUGAAGCCAGGAAGUCAACACGAUAUGCUCGCGAUGACGGGAAUCAUCACAUCGACCACAAGAACAAAUUCUUUGAUCACAUUAUUGCAAGACAUGGAGUAUAUUCAUGGUCAGCUAUUCGAACGCUCGGUCGAGUCAUGCUGUGGUGCGGUGACAUGUCUCCCUGGUGCCCUUACUAUGUUGCGAUUCUCCGCAUUCCGAAAAAUGGCCAAGUACUACUUUGAGGAUCAAAUUGACAAGAUCGAUGACUUUUUCGAUUACCUCAAAUGCCACUUGGGAGAGGACCGUUGGCUUACCCAUUUGUUUAUGGUGGGCACGGUGAGACGAUAUCAGAUUCAGCUCUGUACUGGUGCCUUUUGUAAAACUGAGGCAGCCCAAACGAUGCGCAGUUUGAUCAAGCAGCGUCGUCGCUGGUUCCUGGGCUUCAUUUCGAAUGAAGUUUGCAUGUUAACCGAUGUGCGGAUUUGGAAACGUUAUCCUUUGCUGUGUAUUAUUCGCUUUAUGCAAGAUACGAUACGGACCACAGCUUUACUAUUCUUCAUUAUGGUUUUGUCUGUGUCCACCACUGCAAACAAGAUUUCGAGCUUGCCGGUUGGUUUCAUUGCCGUCUCAUUGGGGUUGAAUUAUGCAUUGAUGCUCUAUUUUGGAUACAUACUCCGGAGGUUCAAAGCGUGGCUUUAUCCAUUGAUGUUUUUGCUCAAUCCUUUCUUUAAUUGGUUGUAUCUUGUAUAUGGCUGUUGUACAGCAGGCAAACGCACUUGGGGAGGACCCAGAACCGACGCCACCAAAGCAGACGAAUAUACUUCGCCUCGAGAAGCCGCAGAGCAAGCAGAAGCACAAGGCGACGACUUGAACGUCGACGUUUCCACGUUCCGCGAGUACGGAAAUGCGGCUGAAAGUGUACCGCUUCAUCCGACGGAGAGCAUUGAAAGCCGCCUGGCUGACAGUUAUCAGAAGCCAUACAAUAACGCCAAUGACUCCGAGAUGGCGCUUAUGCGACACAACCGAGGCGUACUUUCAAUGCCAGGCAUACCUCUACAUCCACGGAACUCAUUCGACUCCACUAUGACGGGUCAAUAUUCAAUCAACCUCCCACGGCGCGUGGAAAGCCUCAUGGAUGAAGUUGAGCAGCGAAAGCUUCACAUACUGCGGGAGUCCAAACCAUCACAAAACGAGGCUCCGAGUCCACCUCCUGUGGAUAGACUUGGCUGGAAUCCGCAGGCAACUCCAAGCCUUACUGGAAUACCAUACAUCGAUGGCGCCAUGGAUGCCAAACUACCUGCAGCAGCCAAUACCGACCCCUUGAAACAACCGUCGCCACUUCACUUAUCCACGAACCAAAAUGACCUUAGGAAUGAACCCACCGAAGAUGGGUCCCAGGGAGAUGCGAGCUCCUCUCUAACCAGUAAUCCCGACAAGGCUGCGGAAAAGCCACGGCGGAAGCUCCGAGGGUUUAUGAGCUUCGGCAGACGACACAGCGGACAGGAGUGA